CCCCAACCCCAACCCCAACCCCAACCCCGCGUUUCUCUUCUCAAGAUUCUCUUGACUCCGCCUUCCCCAAAAUAUCUGUCUCUUCUAUCAAAUCGAUCUCCGCGCAGAAACCCUAUUCGAUUAUCUACACCAUGACCCUUGGCUCAGGAGGAUCCAGUGUCGUGGUCCCUCGAAAUUUCAGAUUGCUGGAGGAACUUGAACGUGGGGAAAAAGGAAUUGGAGAUGGUACUGUGAGCUAUGGAAUGGAUGAUGGAGAUGAUAUUUAUAUGCGAUCAUGGACUGGAACCAUUAUAGGUCCUCACAAUUCCGUACAUGAAGGACGCAUAUAUCAGUUGAAGCUAUUUUGUGAUAAAGAUUAUCCAGAGAAGCCUCCCAGUGUUCGCUUCCAUUCCCGGAUUAACAUGACUUGCGUAAACCAUGAGACUGGAGUGGUUGAACCAAAGAAGUUUAGUGUCCUAGCGAAUUGGCAGCGGGAGUACACGAUGGAAGACAUUCUGACACAGCUGAAGAAAGAAAUGGCCUCUCCACACAACCGUAAGCUGGUCCAGCCCCCUGAAGGAACCUAUUUCUAGUGUAAAGUUAUAUAUAAAAUAUAGGUCCUAUUGACCAUAUGCGGAUGUUAUGGUUUAUAUCGAUUUAGUAAUUCGGCCUUAAGAUGUAAGUUGUAAGCGGGAAUGCCCCGAAAAGCAUUCUCCCAUCAAUUCUCCUCGAUUCCUGUUAUCUUUAUUCUGCUGAAUCCCUUGCGACUAUGUUGUUGGGAUGUUCGGUAAUGGGAUUUCUUCUCUUCUCUGGGGCCUUCUUGUCAUGUCAAUAUUAUAGUAUUUAUGUUCUUAAGCUCUCUGAUUCCAUGAAACUGAAGAAAAUUGUACCAAGGUUCUUGAGCUUGUGAACUUCUAAUCAAUGAAUGAUCUCACUAAAUUUUAGGA